AUGGGAAGACAUCCAUCAGAUGACAAGAUGAGAAUACGCUGGCAGGCUUUCAGAGAUUUUGGAACUCUGACAUGUGAAAAUCCAUCAGAAAACAUGCCAGAAGAAGAUAAACCUCAAAUCAAAUGUUCCCAGAAGAAAAAAAGUUUAAAGCCGUGUUCAAAAGUCCGCAAUCUGGAAAAUAGUUUCAAGAAAUUCCUUACUGCUCUUUCAGAUAGUUUACAGACAAUUUCAAUCGCAAAGUUUUUUUUCCAGAUUACUUCUAAAAGCAUAUCUCAGUCAACGAUGGAAUUCAACAUGGUCCCAGCCCCUGUCAACUAUGGAAUGGCCCCACCACCUCCACAACAGAAGCGGCAGCCAAGGAUUCUGCGCCAAUUUCCGAUUGGCGGGAGUCUAAUCAAUAUCUGUGAAGGUGCCGUGAGGCACAUCUUUGAAAAGCACUCAAAGGACUUCACCAUUGCCGCGAAUGGAGCAAAGGACUGGCCAACGAUCGAACACAAUGUUUCCGGCCACAUCGCAGAGAUGAUCUGCAGCUCCGCGCAUCUCUUUCUGUCAAAUGUGCGGAGCACUCGCGAUGACUCCAUAAUGAUCUACCUGAAGCGACCACAAGACAAACUCCAUCACUGUUUUGUCGUUGCUCAUGAAGGUGAUAAUUGUUAUCGGUUGAACACCGGUUACAAGAAGAUCAUUGAGGAGGAAUCGUUUUCUGGGACAUGGAUCAACUUUGGGACCCAAAGAGUGGAGGAAUACUGGCAAGGGAUGCAAGGAGUCUACACUAGAGGAGCACCGGAAGAAAACUUCCACUACUGGUGCAUUCACGGACGUGAUCCCAGAGAUUUUCUUAAUUACCAGCCCCCUGUCAUUGUACCUGUACCCCCACCUGUCUAUCUCAUUCCCCUCAUUCCCGUAUAUGUUGUUCCCCAAUAUGUCACAUACCAACAGAAACUUAUUUUUUAA